AUGGUGGCAUCCACAGGAGUAGCCGACAACUUGGGCACAGCCAACAACAACAGCAACAACAACGCCCAUCAUCAUCCUUCUCAACCCAGUAAUGGACCAGGACCAGGAACAGACUCCAUCACAACCAUCAAUUCUUCUUCCACUACUUCGUCCUCUGCAAGGAAACCAUCCCAUCUAAGCAUCGACUCCAGCGGGGCAAACUCGGCCUUCCUCCACACCCUCAACUCACAGCUCCAGAUGGCGGCCGGCUCUCAACCUCGUCAUUACCAACCACACCACGACGCGUCCUCUGUAACUGCUGCUGACAGUGACUUUCCGCUUUCGACGGGCAUUGACCGUGCGGCUCUUAUUGCGGCUGACUUUGAUACGGACGAGUUCCUUUCGGCGCGUCGACACUUGCCUCUGGAAGAACUCAAGUCUCAGCUUAUCUCGCAUAUGAAGGAGCUCAAGACGGAACUCGUCGAAUUGAUCAACAGCGACUAUGCGGACUUUAUCAACCUUUCAACCAACCUCAACGGCGUUGACAGGAUGAUGGAGGAUCUUCGAAAGCCAUUGGACAGGAUGAAGGACGACGCCAUCGCUGUGAAAUCCAAUUUGGAGUCUGUUGUCGGGAGUCUGGAGCAGAAACUGGAGCAUCGUGCAGAGAUUCGGGAAAAGAAGGCUAGUCUCCAACUGCUACUGAACAUCUCCGAGUCUGUGGCCAAGGUUGAGGGAUUGCUUCAGAUCUCGAGCGGCUCUGAGACGCCUUCAGGACUGAGGGACGGCAAUGAGAGCAUAAGUGUCGCAAAGAGACUAGAGCGCGUCGCUAUUGAGUAUAACCAGAUGCAGUAUCUUGUCACCAAGGGCGCAUCUCUGCCUUUUGUCACCAACAUUGAUUGGCGCCUGGUCAGGAUCAAGGAGACAAUGAGCGAAAACCUGUCGACAGUUCUGCGCGCUUGUAUUCACCCAUCUCAACUGACUGAUGUCGAUGCAGCAUCCAACAAGGAGUCACUCACUCAGUGCUUGAGAACCUACGCCCUGAUCGACCAGACUGCUGAGGCUGAAAAAGUCAUUUCUGAGGAACUCUUGAGUCCUUUCAUGAACAAGACUAUCACCCGAGCGGCCCUCUCUGCUCAAGCUCAGACAAACAAACCCACUGACGGCGCCAUUCCAAUCCGACCACUCGUCACCAUGUUCAACAAAGUGCUCGCGUUCAUCGACAUUCACUGCAGCACAUUGAUCGAUGUCACACAAAGGGAACUCAAGGGCACCAACUUUGAUAUCCCCGUCAACUGCAUCUGGAACGUGAGCGCGGCCACGAUUCUGAGCAACAUUCCUCAUAUCUUAUCGCCUGGUAUCGCAGACGACUUUCAUCGCAACUACACAGAUGCUAUCGACUUUGUGUCCAAGGUUGAGGAGCUCUGUGGGUCCCGUCGGUCGUUGACGCGGCUAAGGUCGCAGCCUAGUUACCAGGCGAUCACGAAGAGGCAACUCCCGACUUACUUCCAGAUUCGGUUCAAGGAUAUUUCAAUGUUGGUUGAAGAUGCAUUGCAGGUGAAUGUUGAGACCAGCCCCAAGUUUUCUAAUACCACCGAAGUACAAUUGCCUGCGAGUGUGGCGAUUAUUCGUGCGAUUGAGCGGUGUUGGUCGUCAGACGUGUUCCUCUAUGGGGUUGCGCACAGUUUCUGGAAGUUUACGUUGCAGCUGAUGGCUAGAUAUUCUAUCUGGAUCUCGACCAACCUCGCCAAGGACUUGGACCCAGCAAAAGACCGAACCAUUCAGUCGCGUUCGUCGUCGCCAGCACCUGGCGCGAAUCCUAACACCUCCCGCGCCCAAGGUCGAGCAACACCCACACCAGGACCGAUCCGUUCAGCAACAAUUGGACCAGGAUCAGGACCAGGACCUGUGGGCAAGACAUCAGUCGAGGAGAUGAUGUUACAACAGCUUUCAAUGGUCGUCAGCGAUGUCGACAGUGUCACUGCUCGGAUUCAAGAUAUCUUUGCCACCCAGAUCCGGUCCCGGCUCCCUCCCUCGAUGGCGGAAGACCCUAUCCUUCUGGAAUCGUUCAACCUCAACUUGCAGGCCAUUCGGCGGGAUGUCCCUGCGGUCCAGGAACGGAUUACGGCGCUGAUUACUAAGCAUUGUGUUGAUACCUUGGCGAACGUCUGGACUCUCAAACCCCUAAAUAGUGAGGGCCCGCCCGGGGAACCAUCGCACUUUGUGACACUCAUCUUGGGACCCCUUUCAAAGUACAUGUCAGGCCCCGGCGCGGUGCUGAGCGAGGAGGCCAAGCAAGCUUGGACAAAGGAGGUCAUUGUUGCGACCACUGAGCGCUACAGUGUCAUUCUUGCAGAGAAGCUGGCAAAGAGCAAGAGCAUGGAGGAGCAGACUAAUAAGCUUAAGCUUGCUGGUGAAAGAUCUAGGGCUGGCUUAUUGAGAUCGGCCUUGCCUAAUGCCUGGUCUGUAGGUGCUGGAAGUGGCGGUGCGGAUUCUGAGGGCGCUAAUAUGUCGACCCAUGAUAAGUUGAGGCUUCAGUGUGUCCUUGAUGUCCGGUGCUAUAAGACUGAGCUGACCAAGUUCAAGAUGGAGCCAGAUACCUUUGAACCAUACCUGGACCUGCAGUCAAACACCCAGCCCUACGAGAACUUGCUUACAGCGGCAGGACAAAAUUAG